CCUCAGGGCCGGCCCUAGCCUUCACUCUGCUUCAUCUUCUUCCGCUUCCUUCUUCUUCUUCACUCUGCUUCGUGUUUUUGCGUAUCGGUUGGAUAGUUUGUGCAAUCAUAGACAUUGAUAGUUUUUGAAAUCACUUGACCAGCAGAAAGAAUGACAGAGGCACUUAGUUCUACGCCCAGCGAUGAACGAAUUAGUAGAGAAUCUCCACAGCUGGUUGCUCUGUUGAAGGAAAUGAAGGAAGGUUUGGAUAAUGUGAGGAGUAAAAUCGAAUCUUUGACUUCCAAGGUGAAAGCAGGAAAUUUCCCAACAUCAGAUGGUAUAAGCUAUCUCGAGGCCAAGCACUUGCUUCUUCUGAACUAUUGUCAGUCUCUCGUUUAUUUUCUGCUUCGCAAGGCGAAAGGAUUAUCAAUUCAGGGACAUCCAGUUGUUAGGAGUCUUGUUGAGAUAAGAUUAUUCUUGGAGAAGAUUCGCCCAGUAGACAGGAAAAUGCAAUACCAAAUUCAGAAGUUAACAAACACCACCACAACAAUGGCAGAACCAGGUUCGACUGAGAAGGGAACAGAUAAACAAGAGAAGGCGGAGGACUUGUUAAAAUAUCGCCCAAAUCCAGAUUUACUUAUCAGCAAAACAAAAGCAACUUCAGAGGAUGGUUCUGGUGUAUAUCGACCCCCCAAAUUCGCUCCAGUUGAGGAUAAGAUGUCAAAACAAGAGAAAAACAUUUUGAGGAAAGAAGUACAAAUGAUGCGACAAGCGAAACAGAGUGCUUAUGUUAGAGAGUUAAUGGAUGAUCUCCAGGGAAAACCUGAGGAGAUUAGAGAAAGUGUAGGAGUAGAGAGUAGAGAAGCAAUGAAGUACAUGGCAAAGAUGGAGGAACGUGCACAACAAGAAGAGGAACUUUUUACUCGUGCGCCUAUAACCAAAGCUGAGAAGCAAAAGAUGAAGCACUUAACUAAGUCUAGAAACGGGUUGCUUGGUCUCACUGAAAGCUUCUAUGACGAGAUAAAAACUUUACCCCUUGAUGGUAGCGCCCCAGAAGAAAUUACCAGUUUUAACAAUGUUGGCAAUGGAGAUAGGAAAUUUAAGAGGCGCAAGGUAUGGCUCUGUACUUCUAUAACAUUACUUGGAUUAAAUUGUUACUUUCCCAGAGUGAUGGACCAUGAAUCAGCUGCAAAUUGUUUACAGUUUCUUCAUGGAUCCAUCAUUGAAAUCUAGGCACAGAAUCUUGAUAUCAUGAAAUUGAAACUGCUGCUGCUCUGAGCAAUUGAUGGGGCAUAGUCACUGCUCUCAUUUUGUUACCUUCAUAUCAUUAAAUGAUUCAUUUUGCUUAGAAAAUCUCGUAUUAAAAUCUGCGAACCCGUUGUGUUACAGAGAAAGCAUUGAGUCGAGGAUACACCAAGUCAUCAGAACAGGAUGGCAUUUGUGUUGAAGUCUUGCCAAAUACAAGCAGAGAUCAUUGUGUUGGUAGCUUUUCUCGACGUAAUGAGUGUAAUGACUAUAAGUUCAUUGUUUGGCAUCAAGGAGAAGCAUACUGUAAACCGCAUAUAUUGUUUUUUAUUCUUUGAUUAGGCUCAACCUUAUUUACAAA